AUGGAGUCCAAGAGUUCACCUUCUUUAGCACGGAGAACCAAGCAGAAGGAUCGCGACAAAGAUGAAGAGCGUAAGAAGAAAGACAAGAAGGAAAGGCGCGAGAGAGAUCGAGAGCGAGAGCGCGAUCGAGACAGGGACGAAAAGAAGCGCGAGAGGAAGAAGAAGGCCGAGAAGGAGAAGUUGCGGGAAAGAGGCGAGAGGAAAGGCCACGGCAAGACGGGCAGGAGGGAGCGGCCCAGGCAUGAUGAGGCUAAGAAAAAGAAGCGUGGGGAGCGUUCUGAGGUGAGCCGCAAAGAUUUUGAGAAAUUGAAGGUGCUGGGCAGAGGUGAUGUCGGUAAGGUCUACCUGGUCAGGCACAAGGACAAGCGCAAGCUCUACGCCAUGAAGGUGCUCGACAAGAGCGAGAUGAUUACCAGGAACAAGGUCAAGAGAGCCCUCACGGAAAGAGAGAUCUUGGCCACGUCCAACCAUCCCUUCAUCGUCACGCUGCACUACUCAUUCCAGACGAAGAACAACCUCUACUUCAUCAUGGACUAUUGUGCGGGAGGCGAGUUCUUCAAGAUGCUGCAACGCCAGCCUGGCAAAUGCCUUACGGACCUGAAGCCGGAGAACCUGCUGCUCGACGGAAGCGGGCAUGUCAUGCUCACAGAUUUCGAUCUGUCCAAGCAAUCUGUGACACCCGUGAAUCCCAAGGUGGUGACGCAGAUGCUUACCGGCAAGAUGAAGCUCGACACCAGACCCUCCGUGGUUACCAACUCCUUCGUGGGUACCGAGGAGUAUAUCGCGCCUGAGGUGAUUGAAGGCUACGGCCACACCUCAUCGGUCGAUUGGUGGACCUUUGGCAUUCUCCUCUAUGAGAUGUUGUACGGCAAAACGCCCUUCCGCGGUCGCACCAGGGAGCACACGUUUGACCACAUCCUUCACAAGACCAACAUCAAGUUCCCGGAGACGCCAGCGACGAGCAAGGAAGCCAAGAGCUUGGUCAAGAAACUGCUCGACAAGGACCCUCGCAAGCGCUUGGGCUCGGAGCACGGUGCUGCCGAUAUCAAGGAGCAUCCGUUCUUCAAGGGCAAGGUGAACUGGGCUCUCAUCCGUAAUCAGGUCCCCUCGAUCAUCCCCGAGCUGGACAAGAAGCUGCUCGAGGCCGAGCCUCUGACCGACUCUGAGGACGAGUCGGAUUCGUCUGAGUCCUCCGACUCUUCCGACAGCGACUCAGACUCUUCAGAUUCGUCCGACUCUUCGUCUACCGACGACGAGUACUUCUCUUCCUUUACCCCACUGUCCAGGAAGGAGAGCUAA